AUGGCCGGGCUGGGGCUGGACAGAGACCUGAGGCACCUGCUGAAACUGCACCGCACCGAGAUCGCCAUGGCGGUGGAUGAUGUUUUCCCGCUGCUGCACGGCCUUGCCGACCACGACAUCGUCCCUGAGCACAUCUUCAAGGAGACGCUGAGCCAGACAGAGCGAGAGGGCUCCCACCGCGCGUUCCACGCACUGCUCACCUGGCUGCUGGGCCGCGAUGCCGCUGCCGUCCGCGACUUCUGGGCUGUCCUCUUCAAGGACUACAACCUGGAGCGCUACACCCGGCUCCGGCCCCUCCACAGCGCCUUCCCCGGAGAGGUGGACCUCGGGCAGCAGUGCAGCAGCAGGUGCCCGUCCCCCAGCUCCAUGGGACCGACCCCACACAGACCCCAAGGCAAGAGAAAAGCUGAGGAGCGGGAUGGGGCCCGGGUGGCACAACCCUCACCAAGGCACACUGCCAGCCCUGGGCUCCUGGCGAAGGCAAAGACUGUGAAGAAGCCAGACAGCGCGGAUACUGCACGCACACCCCGUACCAGCGGCAGUGCCAAGGCGAGCAGCAGAGCCAGGGAUGAGCUCUGUGUCCCAGCUGCUGCAAAUGGGUCCCCAAAGAACCUUGUUUCACAGAGCAGGGAGAUGUGUGUGACCGCCCAGGGCCACCUGCCAGCAGUACCUGCGCAGAGCCGGGACGCAGCACCCUACCAGGACAACGAGGAUGAGUGUGCCGUGUGCGGGGACGGCGGAGAGCUCAUCUGCUGCGAUGGCUGUCCCAGGGCCUUCCACCUCCCGUGCCUGGUGCCCCCACUGCCUCGUGUCCCGAGUGGGACGUGGCAGUGCAGCUCAUGUGUGGCCGAGCUGGGCCGGCUGCGGGAGGCAGAAGCGGCUGCGGAGCAGCUCCCUGCAAUCCCAGAGAAGGAGGAGCACGGUGCCCAGACGGGAGGAAGCCACGGGAGCACCUGCAGCCGCUGUUUCUCCAGGAUCUCCGCACCCCAACGCUGCCCUACGCGUGACGGGGACCCCGGAGGACUGUGGCUUUGCGGCUCCUGUGUGGGCACCCCAGAAAUAGGCAGCCGGGAGAGCACCGCAGCUGCUGCUAACCACGUGCUUCAGGCAGCAAAGGGGGAAGUGCACAGCCCAGGCGCUGCGGCCACAGCCUGCGGGCCGCAAAGGAGCGGAACGAGCGCAUGAGCGCAGGUGGGGGUGACACAUCUCCUCCCACAGCUGGAGAACGGCUCAGCGAGCACAGAGCCCACGUCCAGCAGGGAAGAGCUCGAUGCCCUGCUGAGUGAGGUAAGACACAUGGAGUCCAGCCACAGCAUGUGUAUGCUGGGUACACAGGCAAGCUCCAGAGCAGUGUGGUGGACUCCGGGAAAGACGAUGAGAAAUGGGUAAAGGAGAGGGGCUGAGAACAGUGUCAAAAUGGAAACUGACAGCGCCGCUGCGGGCGAUCCCACAGGGAACCUGGGACGGGAUUCUGCAGUGGGCAUUGCAGAGCAUGGCACGGCCCCUUGCAGACACAACUGGGCUGUUUGACUAGAGCCUGCUGCAGUGAGGGAAGGCAAAGACAGCGGAGACAGAGAGGAGAGGAGAGGAGAGGAGAGGAGAGGAGAGGAGAGGAGAGGAGAGGAAUAAAAGGCCAAAUAGACACCAACUCCGUAGGGACGACAAAAC